CUCAGAAGCAUCACAGUUUCACACACACAAAAGUCAAUUCACCACAAAACCCACUCGCAAACAUGCAGACCAAGUACCUCUCUAUCCUCGGCGCUGCUGCCGCUGCCGUUACUGGCGUCUCUGCUCGUGAUAUCCAGCAUGUCGACGUUGUCCACAUCUUCGAGACUCUUCACGUCUCCGAGCAAGUCCGCAACUUCAGUCCCAACAAGCGCAACAUCGACGCCCUCUUUGCGCGCGACUCGAAUGAUGAGUGUCUAAGCUCGGCCACUUCCAUCCUGCGAGCCUUUCCCACCCCAACAGGCAGUCUUAGAGACUAUGUUAGCACUGCCCAAUCUCAAACCAACCCUUGCACUCUAGAGGUUCCUGCUACGCUCUCGUCAGACUUGAUGAGCUACUACACCAGCUUGACCGAGUGGGAGAUGGACAACGAAGACGGUUUGAUCAAGUUCAUCCAAAAGUGCGCCAGCCAGGAUGACCUUGACGAGAUCAACAAGGAGCUGGGCGGCGGCUCAGAGUGCUCUGGUCUUGGAACUGUUCAUUUCACCGCUGCGAGCAGCACCAAGACUGUCGAUUUGCAGACUGCAUUCCCCGACUACACUGUCGCCUCUGUGCCCACUACCGUCGACAAUGCUGGUGUUGCUCACUGUGUUAGCAAGUUUGCUGCUGCCGCCGCUGCAGUUGUUGCCGGCUUCAUGAUUGCUGCUUAAUUGAGAUGAUUUGGCGAGGGAUCUGCCAUUGUGACGACUGAUGGAUAGAGCGUUGAUCUUUUUCUGUAUGAUAUCCUGUGCUCAAUGCACUUUUAGAGUCGGUUCUUUAUUUCUUGUGUAUACCCAGUCGAUAAGAAAUCUAUAUAACUAUAACUC